UGACGUCACGACGUGCGCCCGUUACCAAGGGCGACGGCGAUGGCGGCGCGCGUGUUCGCGACGCUAAUGGCGGCGCCCAUGAGCCGUGGCAGUAACCCCGUGGUCUCCUCCUUCCCUCCCUUCUCCUCCUCCUCCUCCUGCCCCGCGUCGCCGCCGUCUCGCGGCCGCGAGGUGCGCGUCGUGGGCCGCGCCGAGCUGCGCGGGGCCCCGGACCGCGCGAGGCUGAGCGUGAGGGUGAGGAGCGCCGCCAAGAGGGAAGCCCGCAGCGCCGAGCGGAGCGCGGUCAGGAGGGCCGAGUACGUGGAGAGCAGCGUGAGGCGAGCCCGCGGAGUCCAGGACGAUGACGUCACUGUGCUCAAGAGCCUUGACCGCCUCGACGGCCUCUACGUCAUGACAGUGGAGGUUGUGGCAGAGUUCAGUGAUUUCCAAGCGAUGCACGCGGUGAGGAACCAGCUGGUGGAGAAGCUGGACAGCUGCGUGGACGUGGCCCCCCCCGUGUACCACCUCACGGCCUUGGCACGCGACAACUACAGACGGCAGGCGUGCCUCCUGGCCGUGGCGAGCGCUCGCCGCAAGGCCCACGAGGUCUGCCGCCUGCUGGGCCUCUUCCUGGGCCGCCCCCUCUCGGUGCACGAGCUCCCCGCCGCCGACGCCUCCACCGCCGCCGACGACGACGGCGAUUGGCCGCUUCCGGUCGUGUGCUCUGCCCGCCGCGAGCACGGCCUCGCCUCCUCCUCCGCUGCCGAUCAAAACGCGGCGGUGGCGUCGUCGUCGCUGCGGGACCACGUGGAGGCGGCGACGGAGUCGGUGCGGAGCGGCGUGGCGGCCGUCUUCGAGCUGCGGCCCCCCAAACGCGCCGGCGCGGAGGGGCGCCGCCGCCGCUGAGCGCAGCCGCGGCGCCGAGGGCGCCAUCGGGCCUCCCAGGUUCCUGCGUCCGCGGUCGUCACGUGGAAGGGCUGACGAGUGCUGGUGGAGGGGGGGGGAGCGUUGUAUGUGACGUGCGCGUGUGUGUGCGUCGGACUUCUUUCGCACCGUACGUAGCCGACCGUGCUAAUCGGAGGAUGGGUGAGUUGUGUGGGUGAGUGACUUUGGUAGUGUGUGAGUGAGUGACUGUGUGAGUCUAUGUAUGUAUGUUGAACGUCUUUCGCACCGUGCUCGUCGGAGGCAGCGGGGGGGAGGGGCAAGCCGAGGGCAACAUUGCCGUUGCUGUCCUGAUUGGCUGAGGCUUUGUGACGUCAUCGGUGGGCGUGGCUCGUACGGUGGGGGGGGUACGAACUUCGGGAGGCAGAGUUGUCAUGGUGGCCACUGUUUUUAAAUGGGCCUUAAUUGCUCAAACUACAAAGAAGUUAGGUUGUAAUUUGUAGUCGAUCGACCCCCCCCCCCCAGACCCAGACCCCCUCAUCUCCACUCGUCCCCAGCGCCGCGUCGGCACGGCCCCCCGUUGUCAAAGUGCCUCAGCGGGCCCCCAAGUCAGCCCGUCAGUAAAGUUCACGUCCGACGGCCGUGCGCACAGGUGAACUCCUUGAUUUUUGUGUAAUCGCCGCCCUUAACCCAUGACUCCCGAUUAUUAUCCGCAGGAGCUGUCGGGUCCCGGACAACUCCCGUCACCCACGGCCCAAAUCUCCCACCGCCGUCCACGGCCUUGUUGCCACGGGUCGACGCGCGAAUGAGCGGCUUCAGCGUUUGACGAGGCUCGCGUGGCAAAUCGCUCCCGAGUUGCUCGUGGGUUUACGCGUUGCAACUGCCGCGAUUGGUUUUUCGCCGACGGAUGAGACCAAAACGACGACGGGAGAGAAGGGCGAGUUGACAGUGCGGUGCGACGGAACGCGUUCAACCAAGUGGCGCUUGGCAGCACCGGCUUCUAGUCGCGCGGAGACUUGCGGUGACAAGUGGUGACGUGUGGUGAUGUGCGGUGAUGCUUGGAGACGCUCGGAGACUUGCAGUGACAAGUGUUGACACGUGGAGACGCGCGGUGACGUGCGGAGACAUGUCGUGACACGCGGAGACAUGUGACACGCGGUGACGUGCGGAGACAUGUCGUGACGCGCGGAGACUUGCGGUGACGCGCGGAGACUUGUGGUGAAGCGCGGAGACAUGUGGUAACGCGCGGAGAUGUGCGGUGACAAGUGGUGACACGUGGAGACGCUCUGAGGCUUGCGCUGACGUGCGGAGACUCGCGUGACGCGCGGAGACGCUCGGAGACACUCGGAGACAUAUUCUUUGGGUCUUUCGGUAAAGUCGCGUAGAUGGGUUCAAAGAAAAUACCUACCUACGUGACUUCACCGAAAGACCCAAAGAAUAUGAAUUCCUGCAGUCACGAAAGCUUUCAGGAAAAGCUUUCAAGAUUUUACGCUCGGAGACACUCGGAGGAAGGGUGGAGACUCGCGGGGAGAGAGACAGAGAUGCAGAGGCACGUCUCUGAAGCACGGCGGGUUUGCGCGAGGGUGACGGCAAAAAAAUAAAUUGGACCCACAAUUAUAUUGCGUUUUUUUUUUGUGUUUCCUUCCUCGGCUCACGGCUCGCAAAUAAGCGGAGAAGUAAAAAAUUUGUCAGGUGGCUCGGCAGGCGAAGUGGGGUGAGAGGAGAUCGUCCUCUACGCGAGUCUUCAACAGCGGCGUCAGCGGCAUGAAUCCUUCAGCGGACGUUGCGUGUCAAGCGACGUCGCCGUUCCUUGCGUGCGUCCUAAACACGCGGCGCUGCGAUGGACCGCGAGCUCUGGAGAGACAAACAACAACGACCGCCGUUCGCCACCAAGUGGCUGUGGACGCCACCACGGCGCUUGUGCCAGGCCACGUGCACUUUAAGGCCACGUGAAGUGUCGAACGCCCGCCGGCACGAGGUCACGGGGCAGAUCCAGGUGCCGUGGGUUGACUGAGGCUCAGUCAGUCCAAAGAGACGCACACACAGACACACAAGCACGGACGCGCUGGGUAUGCCACAGCUGAACACUCAGGAGGCUUUGGGUUAGAUCGUGUAAAUGUGUCGUCAAACCCGCCACCACCCGACACAGCCAAUUAGUAAGGUUUGUCACGUAAACAGAACGUGCCAAUUCUACUACAGCACAACGGUAGUGUGUGUGCUGGAGAGCAGAUUGUAAAUGUCGGUUUGCUCUCCAAUACCGCUGUGCUGUGCUCGUAACGAAUUGGCCACGUUUAUGCGAUCUAACCCCAACAAACCCUAUAUUUUAAAUGGCGCAGCUGCAGUUCUUUGUCAACCCACUGUUUGCGUGAGCACCUCCACACACCAAUGGGGGAUCACAGGGGGGCUUGUUUGACCAUACUUCACCAGCGCCGUGUCGGCGAAGGCAAGGGGCGCGUGAAGGGGGUGGCGGUUGCGGUGCGAUGACCUCUGCCGACGGGCUACGGGGCGGGCGGCUGCUGCGGCGGUCAGUGAGCGUGAUCCGUCUGCGGGUACCUCCGUCGAUUUGUGAAGGCCCUCGGAAUCGGAGGUGGCGUUCAUUUCCCACCGAGCAGAGCCCAACUUAGCGGAUGGAAAAAGCGCUCCUUUGCUUUUCAACGGCGACUCCGAUCAGCCGAGGAGAAGAAGGCUUUGAUGGGAGUGUACGGCCGAGCUUUUUUCGUUUGGGGUUAGAUUGCGUAGGCGUAAAUGUGCGACGUUAAACCCGCCGCUGCUGCCGCCGCCACCCGACGCGGUGAUGGUUGUCACAUAAACAAAACGUUUCCCAUUAGUUGCUAGUUCGGCCCACCGGUGUGUUGGAGAGUGAACCCAUGGGCUGGAGUAGUAACUAAUUAGACACGUUUCGUUCACGUGAUAGACCACUACCGAUUGGCUGUGGCGGUGGCGGGUUUAUCGACCACACAUUUAUCCCGACGCGAUCUAACCCAACACGAAAGCGCCACCGCGGCCGCGAAAGUCCCCACCGCGUGUCAAACCUUGACAAGUGCGCCGAGAUGUGUAGGCGAGACGCUUGUGUGGGAAUGCUCUCGAGUAAAAUGCCCUUUCGAUUUAAAGCUUUCGUGACUGCAGGGAUUCAUCUUCUUG